UAUCCAAAAGCUGAAUUCUUUUUAUCUGCCAAAGCUUCUCUAAGCACCACAUAAGCAUACAGGGGGAGUGACAACACCCCAAUUCGUCGUUUGCGGGGGGUCUGUCAAAAAGGGAGGGAAAAAGAGCUUAUUGACUCGCCCCUGACUCGGAUCGACUCGCUCUCCAACUCGCCCUUCUACACUUGAUCUACCAGUGAUUAGAGGAACAUCACAUUCUCAGAAUGAAGGCACUUAUUCUUGUUGGAGGCUUUGGCACUCGACUGAGGCCAUUGACUCUCAGCGUCCCCAAGCCGCUUGUUGAAUUUGCAAACAAACCUAUGAUUUUGCAUCAGAUUGAGGCACUCAAAGCUGUCGGAGUAACUGAAGUCGUCCUGGCUAUUAACUACCAGCCCGAGGUGAUGCUGAACUUCUUGAAAGAUUUCGAAUCAAAGCUCGGGAUCAAGAUUUCCUGUUCACAAGAGACUGAACCGCUUGGGACUGCAGGGCCUCUUGCUCUGGCGAGGGACAAACUAAUGGAUGAUUCCGGUGAGCCGUUUUUCGUUCUCAACAGUGAUGUUAUCAGUGAAUAUCCUUUCAAGGAGAUGAUUGAGUUUCACAAAGGUCACGGAGGAGAGGCUUCCUUACUGGUUACGAAGGUUGAUGAACCUUCGAAGUACGGUGUUGUUAUCAUGGAAGAAUCCACCGGGCAAGUAGAGAGAUUCGUGGAGAAGCCGAAGACCUUUGUUGGUAAUAAGAUCAAUGCUGGGAUUUAUCUGCUUAACCCUUCGGUGCUAGACCGGAUUGAAUUAAAACCCACCUCGAUUGAGAAAGAGGUGUUCCCGAAGAUUGCAGCGGAGCAAAAGCUCUAUGCCAUGGUCCUUCCGGGCUUCUGGAUGGACAUAGGGCAGCCGAAGGACUACAUCACUGGCUUGAGACUCUACCUGGACUCUCUAAGGAAGAAAUCCUCGACUAAACUGGCUUCUGGACCCCACAUCGUGGGAAAUGUAAUCGUGGACGAGACUGCCAAAGUUGGCGAGGGGUGUUUGAUCGGGCCAGAUGUCGCAAUAGGGCCAGGCUGCACGAUUGAGUCCGGGGUCAGGCUCUCCCGCUGCACUGUCAUGCGCGGAGUGCGCAUCAAGAAGCAUGCUUGCGUUUCGAGCAGCAUCAUCGGGUGGCACUCCACUGUCGGGCAAUGGGCCCGCGUGGAGAACAUGACCAUCCUCGGGGAGGAUGUUCACGUGUGCGACGAGAUUUACAGCAACGGGGGUGUGGUUUUGCCCCACAAAGAGAUCAAAUCCAGCAUCCUGAAGCCGGAGAUAGUGAUGUGAAUUGUGAAUUGUCAAUUCAAUACUAGGGGAGUCAAGUAAGUUAUGUGUCCAUUUGUCUCAGAAUGUGUCUCUGUUCUUUUCAUGUAAUUUCCUUUCCCUGUUUGCUUUCUGGUUUCCCUUGUAAAAGUCCCUUUUUUGUAAGUUGAAUUUGUGUUCAAUUAUACUGUUCUUUAUAGGCUUGCUGUCUGGUUAAAUGUAUGAAACAUAAUCACCACCAAAAAUGGUGCAACCAAUCUACUUUGUGUAUAUAAACAUUACUGCACUAUUGUCCACUGAA